UCUUAUUCAAAUGUCACGGCUCCUAUGCAUACAAAUAUAAAAUUUUAAAAAAUAAAUAAAAGUCUCAACUUCUAGACCAAGUCUUCAAAUUGGUCACCAAGCCGAAGAGAAAUAUAAUAUCUCAAUUGGUCAAAGACACGGAGAGCCCAACCAUUUUGAACUGAGAAAAAAGUCUUCCUUUAACUAUAGGCUCUCAUUUGCAAGCAUAUAAACUUGCAUCGAACACUCCAAAGCUAAGCAUCUUGGUCAUUUGGUAUCAUCACAAUACAUUCAAUUCAAAGCACAAUACUUGUUUCUCUUCCUGGCUUUACAAAAUGCAAAGGAGCUCUCACCACUACAAACAUAACAUUGGAGAAAGGCUACAGACUCUCAGUGUACAUUGCAAGACAGAGGGAACAAAUCGUGGUCUUAGGCACAGUUGUAUGGCCUCCUCAUCAUCCCCUAGGCCUCGAGUGCAGGCAUGCACCUGCACGAAUCGUCCCGGGUUGAAUCGCUGUAGCCGGCACGGGUAUGCAGUGCCGGGGGCUGAGAAGUGGAGGAGGAACUAUGCAAACAAGGAGGUUUUAAGGAGGGCGUUGAGAUCUACACCAAACCGAAGCUUAAGUCUUCGGUGGUGGAAUUUCCAACCAACGCCUAGUCGGCUCUCUAACAUGUCUAUGGCUUAAUUAAAGGAGCUAGCUGCAAUUUUUUAUAUAAUGUUUUUGUACGUACUCAAACAGAUUGGGCUUGUAAUUUCUUUCUGUUGUUAUUCUUUAGAGGAUAUUACUCACCAAUCAGUGUUCUUAAUUUUGACCGUGAAAAAUUCUUGUUUAUCCAUC